UUAUCGUUCUGAUCUAGCAGAUUGAGCUGAGGAAAGUUGCUUGUAGAAAGCCUUUUUAAUCGCAGAAGAACUUGGCUGAAGCAAGUAAUCACACGUACAAUGAUGACAGGAACUCAUGCCGAUUACGUAUCAUAUGAACCUAAUUAAAAAAUGCUGAGGAUGUUCACUCAACUAGCAAAGUUCAUUGCAGAUUUCGAAGCAAAUUUAAAGUAUACGUUGCUUUCUUAAAUUCAAAAUGCUGCGCAACCGAUCGCCAAACAAGGAACAGUUGAUGUUGAACUUGGUUAAAAAAUGUAGCCUCUUGAAAUUGUCCCAGAAUACCUCAAGAAAUUCACGUGUAUCCUUAGGAAGUUGCAAGCAGGGGUUUUUGAUAAGAGCAUCGAUGAAGCCCAGAAUAGAAGGUAUUAGGUCAAGAGCUUGACACUACGUGUUUGCAUAUAACCUGCGACUGGGUUACGAUUGUUUGUUUGAACAAGUAUUGGUUGUGGUUAAGAGCAACAAACAGGCUGGAUCGUAUAAGCACUUGGUAACAUGAAUACGAUUGCAGCACAGAUUCGGAUUUGAUUUCCAUAUCUUUAGAAAAUCUAUCAAUUAUUCGCUUAAGAAUGAUUUGAGAAUACAUUUGGAUAGAAAUUGAACUUUAAUUCUAAUCAACAAGGCAAGUGUAGUAAACAAUUUUACAAAAAUCUUCCUUAGGUUCAAAGUCUUCAUUUUAUUAGUCCUACUAGCAGAAGAGGAUGUUAAACUUUGUGCUUUCGCUCAGCCGCGCGACCAGAGUGAAUCUUAACGUAUAAAAAGACUUCUGGUUUACUUAACACCUUCAAUGAUACCUCACACCUGUUGUCAAAGAAAUUCAGUGAACGCGUUGAGUUCCUGCUUCAAAUAACAAUAAUAUAUUUGAGCCUAACACUCUAGAUAAACUUGGUUUUUGCAAACACACCAGUUGCGAAUCUUCAUGAUGACUGUUGUCGCGGUGGUAGUAACAUUAUCUGUAAUUUUAUUAUUGUGCUCUUCAAGCCAAGCUGGCGGAAAAAGAAGAGACACCACUGAUAAUGGCACAGUUACUAUAAUAUUUGGAGGAGGCAUUUCUUUUGACGGUCCAGUCAAAUACUUUGCUGAAGUAGAAAAGACUUGUGACUAUAGACGGCCCUUUGAAAAAGUUAGAAAAAUAUUGGCAACAGCAGACCUGCGAGUUGCAAGCCUAGAUUCUCCUUUACUGGGAAAAGCUUAUGAUGAAAGUACACCUCAACUUGGCAAGCAAACCUAUAAUUAUGGAUCCAUUGAUGCUGUUGAGGGACUGAAGUAUGCUGGAUUUGAUAUUGUGCAAGUGGCAAACAAGCAGUUUUUUGAUAACGGUGUGGCUGGGGUUAAAAGCACAAUUUCAGCACUGAAGAAAGCUGGCAUCGCAUACGUUGGAGUGCAAGACCGAAUGAACAAAGAGGCUAGUCAAAAGCCUGUUAUUAAGACGGUUAACGGGCUGAAAGUUGGGUUUUUGUCUUAUUUUCUUAUUUCACAAGGAUGCAGUCUUAACAGCUUUAUGGAAAGAUCCAGAAAUGCCUCUAAUGGAGAUGAAAAUGUUUUCAAACUGGGCCCGGUCGCUUUCAACAAGCUUACAGCUUCCAACGAGGUCCAAGAACUUGCGAAACGAGUUGAUUUCACUGUUGUUUUGAUGCACUGGGGCGAAGAUUAUUCGCCGAUUCCUUCACUUAGAGUAAGGCAAAUUGCUAGGGCAUUAACCGUGUUUGGCGCAAAACUUAUCAUUGGCACCCACCCACAUGUUCUACAGGGACAUCAAUGCCAUGGAUCAAAUGCAUUGGCUGUAUAUAGCAUGGGAAACUUUCUUGCCCCAAAAUAUACUGGGACCACGUCUGAAAUAUUCCAUGGAGGAAGGAAGCCAACCAAACAAGAUGCCCUAAAGUACGCUUAUGACGCAGAGUCAAACUACAGUCUAACACAGCUAGGAAUGAUGUUUCGAGUCACCCUUAGCAAGGCUGGUAUAAUUGCUGCUCAUCAUUUACCAAUUGAGAUAAAGAAUGAGCCAAAAACCAAUUGCUUGCAGCCAACUCCAGCAGGCACAAGUUGGAUUGAGUUUUGCAGGGGUUUUGAUCUGUACUGCAUGAAUUGGAAAGAUGUUUGUGCAUCGGAAGCUUCGAUGCAAGAUUAUCUAAAAAACUCGCCAGAUACAUCUGCUUGUGUCAAAAGUGACUCUUAAUGUUUACUACGAGAAACAGUAACAUUCUGCACUAAAGGAGGGCAGACUUUUCAUAAUAGUUUGUCUUAAAAUAGAGCUUUCAGAGUUGAUAACACCAUAAAUUCUAAAAUAAUACAUAUUUGCUUGUAUGUUAGCUCCUGUUGUCAGGAAAUUGUUCCCCAUAAAUUGUAUUAAUGAAUUUACCCUGUACAAAAUUGCUCUGUCGGAAAUGGCGUUUCAUGCAAUCAUUUUUCGAGACUUGGCUCUUUUUGAAAUUACUCUUAAAAUACUUUUUGUAAAGUUUGGUCUUCCUAAAAAAUCUCUUCAUAAAACUGGUUUUUAUCAAAUUUUUGUCUUCAGAAAAUUUCUUCUUAUAAACUGGUUCCAGUCCCUUUUGAAACGCAUCAUUUCACAGGUGCUUUGAUGCAUUGUAGACAAGAAUUUUCUUUGUUUACUCCACUGGGCACCAUACAACAACUUGCAAGGUCAUUGUUUGUUGACCGAAUAUACCCUGUGAUGUCAAAUAUCAGUCUUUAGUGUAUGCAGUUGAGAUUUUGAAGUAACAUUUUUUGCAAAUUAUGCAAAAAGCUGUCAAAGACCUGCAUUUUAGUGACAAUCCAGCAUCGAUACUUCAACUCGGAGCUUUAUUGCCUUUCUGGUAGGUGCUUGAUUAAAGGUCAGUAUGAUUGCAAACCAAGCCAUGUGGAUGUGACAAUCCCUUUUGGUGAUCCUCCUCUCCCUUGUUCUGACGCUUUUAGGUCGCUAAUGAUGCACAUUUCUAAUUUUCCUUUUGUGGCACAGAAUUUAAAAAUGGCUUUGAAAAAAGUAAACGUUUUAGAACACAAUUAAGCCUAAGCUCAGUGAAACGAACGUUAGUUUUUGGAGUGGUAACCUGGAGUUUGAUUCCUGCCACAAGAGCAGUACAAAACGGUCGAGCAGCAAUUCAAAAUUGAUAUCGAGAUAUUAGGGGGCUGCACGCAGGCUAGCUAAUAUCGACAACGACAUCUGUACAGAUCUAGACUUUCCAAAAAUCUAUAUUUUGCUAAAUCCGUAAGGCAUUCGUACUACUGUGAGGACAUAUCUAAAAUUCAUUCGCAGCUUAGAUUUUCCCUCGCAAUGGUAUAAAUGCCCCGUGGACUUAACAAAAAGAGCAGAUCAUGUUUGUUGCUCUACAACAACUAACACACAAGCUCAAAAGAUCUGUUGCAGGAACGUCACAGGUGAAAUGUAAACAAUUGGCUCCAAACUUUUGAACUAUUUUUUUGUAACUGGUACUUUUAAGUUUUUGUAACUGGUACUUUCUUAAUUGCAGUUAAAGAGGUGUUCAUAUUAUCUGUUAUGCCUUUGGAGUACAUAAGAAGUCAUGUAGUUUUAUAAUGCUGAUCGUAUUAAGCUGUUGCCUGAUGAUCGCAGUGAGCGUGAAACUGGCAAGUAGCAAGUUAGUACCGUCGUAUUCUCUACAACGUAGCAUGUACCGCCCUCCGUAUAUGGUACCGAGCACUUUAUGACAGACCGGUAGAUAGUUAUUGUCGUUAGUUUCGUA